CGGGCGGCGGGCCCCGGGAAGGAGAGAACAUGGCUCCUGGGGCCGACAGCGCCGAGCGCGGCGGGGCGCGCCCGCACGCCGGCCGCCAGUGACCGCGAUGGUGCACUCGAGCCGCGUGCAGCCGCAGCCGCCCGGGGACGCCCCGCGGCCGGCCGCGCCCCGAGCGCCGGGCCCGGGCCGGCUGAUGGCGGCCGGCGGGGCCCUGGGCGCCGGGCUGACCGCGGCGGGCGGCCUCCUGGAGCAGAGGGGCCUGGAGAUCGAGAUGGAGCGCAUCCGGCAGGCGGCCGCGCGCGACCCCCCGGCCGGGGCCUCGGCCUCCCCUUCGCCUCCGCUCUCGUCGUGCUCCAGGCAGGCGUGGAGCCGCGACAACCCGGGCUUCGAGGCCGAGGAGGAGGAGGAGGAGGAGGAGGUGGAAGGGGAAGAAGGGGGAAUGGUGGUGGAGAUGGACGUGGAGUGGCGCCCGGGCAGCCGGAGGUCGGCCGCGUCCUCGGGCGUGAGCUCCGCGGGCGCGCGGGGCCUGGGAGGCUACCACGGCGCGGGCCACCCGGGCGGGAGGAGGCGCCGGCCGGAGGACCAGGACCCGCCGUGCGCCGGCCCGGCCGGCGGCGGGGACCCGCUGCGUCGCCACCUCCCCCUGGACGGGCAGCCGCCCCGAGUGGCGUGGGCCGAGAGGCUGGUUCGCGGGCUGCGAGGUCUCUGGGGAACAAGACUCAUGGAAGAAAGCAGCACGACCCGGGAGAAAUACCUAAAAAGUGUCUUACGGGAACUGGUCACUUACCUCCUUUUCCUCAUAGUCUUGUGCAUCUUGACCUACGGCAUGAUGAGCUCCAACGUGUACUACUACACCCGGCUGAUGUCACAGCUCUUCCUAGACACCCCCGUGUCCAAAACCGAGAAAACUAACUUUAAAACUCUGGCUUCUAUGGAAGAUUUCUGGAAGUUCACACAAGGCUCCUUAUUGGAUGGAUUGUACUGGAAGAUGGAGCCCGGCAACCAAACCGAAGCUGACAACAGAAGUUUCAUUUUCUACGAGAACCUGCUGUUAGGGGUACCACGUAUACGGCAACUCAAAGUCAGAAACGGAUCCUGUUCUAUCCCCCAGGACUGGAGAGAUGAGAUUAAAGAGUGCUAUGAUGUCUACUCUGUCAGUAGUGAAGACAGGGCUCCGUUUGGGCCGCGUAAUGGAACAGCUUGGAUCUACACAAGCGAAAAAGACUUGAAUGGGAGCAGCCACUGGGGAAUCAUCGCAACUUAUAGUGGAGCUGGCUAUUACCUGGAUUUGUCAAGAACGAGGGAGGAAACAGCUGCCCAGAUCGCUAGCCUCAAGAAAAAUGUCUGGUUGGACCGAGGAACCAGGGCAACUUUUAUUGACUUUUCGGUAUACAACACCAACAUUAACCUGUUCUGUGUGGUCAGGUUAUUGGUUGAAUUCCCAGCAACAGGCGGCGUGAUUCCAUCUUGGCAAUUCCAGCCCGUAAAGCUGAUCCGCUAUGUCACUACUUUUGAUUUCUUCCUGGCAGCCUGUGAGAUUAUCUUUUGUUUCUUUAUCCUUUACUACGUGGUGGAAGAGAUAUUGGAAAUUCGCAUUCACAAACUGCACUAUUUCAGGAGUUUCUGGAAUUGUCUGGAUGUUGUGAUCAUUCUGCUCUCGGUAGUAGCUAUAGGAAUUAACAUACACAGAACAUCAAAUGUGGGGGUGCUACUGCAGUUUCUGGAAGAUCAAAAUACUUUCCCCAACUUUGCGCAUCUGGCGUACUGGCAAAUACAGUUCAACAAUGUUGCUGCUGUCACGGUGUUUUUUGUCUGGAUUAAGCUCUUCAAAUUUAUCAGUUUUAACAGGACCAUGAGCCAGCUCUCCACCACCAUGUCCCGGUGUGCCAAAGACCUCUUCGGCUUUGCUAUCAUGUUCUUCAUUAUCUUCUUAGCAUAUGCGCAGCUGGCGUACCUCGUCUUUGGCACUCAGAUCGAUGACUUCAGUACUUUCCAAGUGUGUAUCUUCACUCAAUUCCGUAUCAUUUUGGGCGAUAUCAACUUUGCAGAGAUUGAGGAAGCUAAUCGAGUUUUGGGACCAAUUUAUUUCACUACCUUUGUGUUCUUUAUGUUCUUCAUUCUCUUGAACAUGUUUUUGGCCAUUAUCAAUGAUACCUACUCUGAAGUGAAAUCUGAUUUGGCUCAGCAGAAAGCCGAAAUGGAACUCUCAGAUCUUAUCAGAAAGGGCUACCAUAAAGCUUUGGCCAAACUAAAACUGAAAAAAAAUACCGUGGAUGACAUUUCAGAGAGUCUGCGGCAAGGGGGAGGCAAGUUAAACUUUGAUGAACUUCGACAAGAUCUCAAAGGGAAGGGCCAUACUGACGCAGAGAUUGAGGCAAUAUUCACCAAGUAUGACCAAGAUGGAGACCAAGAACUGACUGAACAUGAGCACCAGCAGAUGAGAGACGACUUGGAAAGAGAGAGGGAGGACCUGGACUUGGAUCAUAGCUCUUUGCCACGUCCCAUGAGCAGCCGGAGUUUCCCCAGAAGCCUGGAUGACUCUGAAGAGGAUGAUGAUGAAGACAGUGGGCAUAUCUCCAGAAGGAGAGGAAGCAUCUCCAGUGGGGUAUCUUACGAAGAGUUUCAAGUCCUGGUGAGGCGAGUGGACCGGAUGGAGCACUCCAUCGGCAGCAUCGUAUCCAAGAUCGACGCCGUGAUCGUGAAGCUGGAGAUCAUGGAACGGGCCAAACUGAAGAGAAGGGAGGUGCUGGGAAGGCUGCUGGAGGGAGUGGCCGAGGAUGAAAGACUGGGUCGUGACAGUGAAAUCCACAGGGAACAGAUGGAACGGUUAGUGCGGGAGGAGUUGGAACGCUGGGAAUCUGAUGACGCCGCUUCCCAGAUAAGCCAUGGGUUAGGCACACCAGUGGGACUAAACGGUCAGCCUCGCCCCCGAAGCUCCCGGCCAUCUUCUUCACAGUCUAUAGAAGGCAUGGAAGGUGGAGGUGGAAAUGGGAAUUCUAAUAAUAUCCAUGUGUGAUCCCUGUAUGUUUGUAUGUGUGUUUCUAACAGGUGAGAGGGCAGCUGUCCUGAAUUGCUGUUCACAAGAACACUAUUUAUACGCCCUGACCACCAUGGCAUACUGAUGUGUGUGACCGAUUGUUAAUGUUCUGCACUUUAAUUUAUUUUGUGUAAAAUUUACCCAUGGAUCAAA